AUGACUUUCCCAACGCCAGGUAACGCCAGCCUGAUUAGCCAUCUCUCCACAUGGCGCCGCAAAGCACCCGCCAGUGAGCUCCACCGUCGCCUCUCCAUCAGCUUUUUUCGCCGUCGUCCCUCGCGCCCCAAGCCAACAAGUACUCGGGCAGCUUUCACUUACAGCAGUGCUUUGCCAAGGACCAACAGAAGGUGGAUCCGGAUCAAUGAUAGAGAAAUCGACCCAGAAAGGGCCACGCUUAUAUCCGCGUGUCCGACAGUCUGUUUGGAGGACGAGUCGCCCGAGGAAGCCAAGCUGAAGGACGCCACAAUAUUGAGAUAUGAGCUUUAUCGCACAGUAUCAGCUUCUCGGAGAGCCACGGAUGUGGAGGUUCACUUCGCAAUGGCCUUGUGGGCGAGCGCGGAUUUCGACAUCGACCUUGUGGCAGCGUGCGGUAUCAUCCACACUUGGGAGUGGAUUUGUCAAUCUGAAGGAUAUGCGUGUGUCGAUUACCUGAAAUUGAAGGAACGGGCUCGAUUCUUGAUCCGGAAGCAAGAUAAAGGUGGCUGCGGAACUUUUUGA